AACGAAUUUGAAAAGAAGCGCGCUUGGAUCGUGUACUGUGAAUUGCAUACCAUCGUAUCUCGGAUAGACGGAACGAGUGGAACUGUGUGGAACGCUUGGUACGAGGACGCGCGUGCGCAGUAAACGAAAUAGAAAGAUUCACGAGAAUAGUGAGAUGGAAAUGUCGCGAGUGCCAAUAUUAGUGAUUUUGGGCUCAACUGGCUCAGGAAAAUCGAAACUUGGGAUCGAAUUGGCACGAAGAUUCUGUGGGGAAAUAAUAUCGGCGGAUAGUAUGCAGGUGUAUAAGGGUCUAGACAUCGUUACAGCCAAGGUGACCAAGGAAGAAAAGCAAAUGGCGGUUCAUCAUAUGUUAGACAUUGUUGAUCCUCUCACCUAUUUUUCCGUCACCGACUUCAGGGACAUGGUGCUACCGAUUAUGGACGAUUUAAUAUUGAAGAAGAAGAUGCCAAUCGUCGUCGGUGGUACGAAUUAUUACAUAGAGUCAGUACUUUGGAAAAUACUUAUUUCGGACCCGAAGAAAAAUUCUCAGGACGAGGAGGAUCAAACGAGGAUGGUUUUAAGCGAUAACGACAACAAAGAUAGAGGUGGGAACACACAGGAAACGUUGGAAAAAAGAGAAACGGAAGACGAGUCUUCGCCUUCAAAGAAGAUGAAGAUCGACGGGUGGACGAGAGAGGAGACGAACGAGGUGCUACAUCGUAGAUUGGCCGAAAUUGAUCCGGAAAUGGCACAGCGGCUUCAUCCUAAUAAUAGACGGAAGGUUAUAAGAUCCUUGGAAGUCUUCGAGCAAUACGGACUUACACAUAGUGAGAUUUUAAAAACACAACGAUUGGCUGGUGGUUCAGGAUUGGGUGGUCCCUUGCGUUAUCCUAAUUCGAUUAUUUUAUGGCUUCGUUGCGAUAAGAAAAUUCUUGAUGAGCGGCUGAGUCAAAGAGUCGAUUCUAUGAUGCAGGCUGGCUUGGUGGACGAGCUACUCGAUUUUCAUCAUAGGUACAACCAACAAAGGAUUAAGUCCAACACGUCACCUGAUUACACGAAAGGCAUCUUCCAGAGCAUCGGCUUCAAAGAGUUUCACGAUUACCUCAUAUUACCAGAAGAGGAGAGGGCAAGCAUAAAGGCAGAGGCGCUUUUUAAACGAGGUCUCGACGACUUAAAAAUGGUUACAAAAAGAUACGCUAAUAAUCAACAGAAGUGGAUCAAGAAUCGAUUAAUGCGUCGAGCCGAUAGACAGGUACCACCAUUGUAUGUAUUGGACUGCACUGAUUUGGCUCAAUGGAAAUCUAAUGUUUUCGAUAAAGCUGUCUCGAUAAUCUCUGCGAUAUUGCAAGGCGAGAAACCGGAAGAAAAACCUAUUAAUGAAAAUAUCGAGAAUCAGAAAAAUACUGAUAGUAGUAAUGAAAUGCAACGUUAUUGCGAGGUUUGUGAUAGAAUAUUCAUUGGUGAGUUGCAAUGGAAUGCACAUAUAAAUGGAUUGAAACAUAAGAAAAUUCUGCGACGUAUGAGAAGAAUGGAAAAACAAAAUCCGGAAAUUAAAUCCUCAUAAACUUAUUCCACAUAUCAUUGACACAUUACUGUACAUAUGUAUAUCAAUAGAUGUAUAUUUGACAUA